AAAGUUAGAAAACACAUAAAUUGUUAUUUUAAAAGACAUAACACAUGCCUCAAGACUCUGUCUUUUAGUGGUAUAUAACCUAGAAAGAUUAAAAGUUACAAAAGUUAGAUAUUACGAAGAAGCAUUCAAGGGAAAUAACUUUCGUAGAAAACGAAUACUUCCGCGUUUGUAGGUGUGGCUGCUGGAAUUGUGAAAAUCGAUUUUUAAGAACUUGCAAGUUUAAUUCAAGAUGAGUACUUCGGCUUCAUUUGACAAUCCAGAAGAGUUUCAAGAAGCUAUGGCUUCCGUCAGAAAUGAUGCGUCUGAGGAUGUAUACGUUAUUGUAGGUCAUAUAGACAAUGAUCCAGCUAGGGUUGGUGUCCUUAAAGUUGGACAAAGUGUAGAUGAACUGGCCGACCUAGUGGACAGUGAACAGGUGAUGUACAUUUUAGCUAGAUAUGAGAGUACAUUUGACAUGUCCACAACAGUCAAGUUUGUUUACUUCAGAUGGUUAGGGGAGAAUGUAGCAUUCACAAAGAAAGGGAAGUUUGGUGUGGUCCACGGAAGUAUCCAGGAAAAGUUUAACCCAUAUCAUUUAUUUAUAGAGACAGGGUCAGUUGAUGAUUUCCUGGCAGAUAAAAUUUUACAGCAGUUGGAAGAAAACACUGGUAAGAAAUCUAAAGUUCUGGAGAGUACUCAAGGCCAUCAGAUGAGGGGAUUUACAGCCACACAGUUGCCUGAGAGAGAACGGUCUGCUAAGACAGGUCCUUUGAUGUCUAGUGUUGGAGCCACAGUAAAAAUAUCUGAGGACGUCCUCGAAGCAAUUUCAACGGUCAGACAUGAUGAAAACCCAACAAGAUGGCUGGUUGCUGAGUACUUAGAUGGAAGCCCCAAGGGUCCUAUUAUACUGACAGCCACUGGAGAAGGUGACAGUGAUGAAAUAGUGGAAGUCCUCAGCGAAGAUAAACCAAUGUAUGCCUUAUACCGAACAGCCGAUGUUGUAGACGAUAUAACCAUUGUCAAGUUUGUGUAUAUCAUAUGGGUCGGCAACAGUGUAAAACCAAUGACUAAAGCGAAAAUAUCAACCCAUAAAGGAAUUGCCGAGAGCACAUUUGGACCUUUUCAUGUCGCUAUAUUUGCCUCAGAUUCUGCAGAACUUUCAGAAAAAGCCAUCACAGAAAAGGUUACAUCGGCCUCUGGAAGUAAAUCCCAUGUGAAGUAGACAUCAGAAUAUUUUCAUGGUUACCAGCAUUUUAACAGAAUAGAAUCUCUGAAGAUUGUUAUCUUGAUGUUUUAAUUGCUAAAUUAUUGUCAUUUGUUUAGAUUUUUACAGUUUAAAACAACAUUAGUGUCUUGUAAGUUACUAACAAUAAACAAACUGACAUAUCUCUUUUUUGGGACCAAAUUGUUAUAUCUUACUUGUAACUGAGUGAGAACAAUAUGUAUCUAGAUCUCAAAUCUGUUCAGAAGCUUUUUUCUCAUAUUUUAAAGGGGUUUACAUGUGAAAUUAAAUUAAACUACCAUGUUCUCUGUAAUGAUAAUUAUAAAUAUUUCGUUUUAUAUGACUUCAAGGGUAAAAACCAGAGGUUAGAGAUCAGCCUUCAAAUUAACAUCAGUCUGCACAUGCAGCCUUGUGAUUAGUCAGUUUCCAGUCUUUGCAGCUUUGCCAUUGGCCCAUUUCCAGUCUGUAAAUUUAUGCCACUUUGCCAUUGGUCAGUUUCCAGUCUGUGAAUGCAGCCUUGUGAUUGGCCAGUUCAGAGCGUCUGCAUGCAGCCAUGCCAUUGGCCCGUUUUGACUCUGUUUAUGCAGCCUUGCUAUUGGCCAGUUUCCAGUCCCUGCAUCCAGCCUUGCCAUUAGCCAGUUUCUAGAAGACUGGUCUCCAACGAGCGGAAACCCUGAUGUACAUUUUGGAUUGCGACACAUUAGCUUAAGCAUUGUAACCAAAAGAAGCAUUUUGUAGUGAGCAUAUUUAGUUAGUUUGGUGCUACAUGUAUUACCAUAAUUAUAGACAUUAUACUUAAAGUGCCUAAAAUCAAAAUCUAGUCAAAAUGUUUGUUAUGCAAAUCACUUUAUAGGAAGGAAUUAUUGCACUUAGGAUUUUUUAAUUCAAAAUUUCAUUUUGAUAUUAAAACAUACCUUAGAUUUAAAAAAAAUCAAUGGACCAUAUUCAUCAGUGGAAUCUUAAGUUUGAAAUCUAGACCAGCAAAAAUUUAAGUUCCAAUAAUGCUUUUAUUCUGCCAAUUAUAUGCAGAUAUUUUUUUAAUGUAUAAGAAAUAUCUUCAAGCAUACCCUCAUAAAAACCUAGCCAUUUUGAUAAAAAAUAGAGCAUGUAGAAAAAAUAGUACUCUGAAGUUAAAAUUCUUAAUUUCUGAUUUUGAAGCAUUGAUGAAUAUGGGCCCUUGUAGAUUCUUUUUGGGUUUUCAUGUCAGUCUCGUUUACAUUAUUCUGUUGAUUAGUUACUGUAGUUUAACAUAUCUAAGAUAGGGAUACUUCUCGUUUAAUUUCGAACAAUCAUUGUGAACGUCAAUUGUAUUGUGAAUGUCAAACGGUUUUACAAUUAAAUGUAUAUUGUGAUGUGUCUAACAGUGGUUUUCUGUGUUUGGUAUUUUGUGUUUAUUGGGUUUUCUUCAUGUUUUGUGUGCUAAACAGGGUUAAACUUUGUAACUUUAAUGUACCUUUAUAGUUUUAAGUAUUUUUGUUUAUAGUUUUUUAUUGGAAUUAAUUUUCCUUCGAUACCAAUUCUGUACAUCAGACAAUAUAUGAAAUUUUUUUAAGGGUAGUAAAUGACUAUGAAAGUCCUGCGAAAACUUUCCUUUAUCAAAUUGUGAUGUUUCUUUCUUACAUAGGGAAUUAAAUUUGUAAUGUCACAUAUAUGUACAUAUCAGUAUAACCAUAGAUGGCAUUGUUCCUUCAGUAGAAUGGUACAACAGCACGAGAAUACAUCUCGGAACAGAAUACUGUAAAAUCAUUUAAGUUCGUGGGCAUAAAAUUUCGUGGUUUUGGUCAAAAACACAGUUUCGUGGGGAUAUGAAUAUGGAUUUCAACAUUUGAACAAAAAAUGAAUGGGAGUUUUAAUUAAAUUUCUUGGAUUGACUGGACCACGAAAAUAAGUCCCUCAGGAAUAUUAAUGAUUUCACAGUAAUUAAUUUCUUUUAAGAAAUAUUAGCCUGCCAAAGAUAUUUUAAAAAUUCAAAAAAAAAAUUGCAGUUCUGACCUCAGAAACUUUUAGAACGAUGUACAGUAUAUAUCUAGACUUUGCAAAAUAAGCUGAAUUUCAUGAAAAAACUGUUCGGGAUCAGGCAGUAGGCCAUUGUUUUCAAUGAUGAUUUAACAAAAGUUAAUACAUGCAUGUCUAAAGUUUUCAACUACUUGCAGAAAACAGGUCAGUUCCGGUAUGCGGUCCAGGAUAAUAUGCUGGUUACUGAAUUUAUUGUCAAAAAAAUAUUAUUAUAUAAAACUGCAACAGACCUUUUUUUCCAAAUUAAACUUUUGUGUUUUCAAGGUUGCAAGUAAUGUACAGCAUGAAGGUAGAAGAUGUCAAUUUGUUAAGUUCUUUCCAUUUUUGAGUUUGAGACUUUCGUGCAACAAAACCCUAUUUACAUAUCACGUGUAGUUUUUGUAGAAGAUCUUGAUAAAAACAGCUGAUAGUAGUCCUAGUAAUGGCAAUUACAUUCUGUGUUGUUUAUCAACAAUUGUUUGAACAUUAUUUUUUCUCACUUACCUUGAUUUUUAAUGAAUAGUGCAAUACCUGUAAAUAAAUUCAGCCAGUUUCUAAUUAACCUGGGGUAUUUUAAAUGCUUUCAGCAUGCAGCAAGAACAUUGGUAUUUUUUUAUCUGGCUUUGGAUAGCAUUCAACUUUUCAUCUAGCUUUUGAUAGCUUUCCGCUUUUCCUGUGAUUUCUAUCAUAAUCUCUUUUUCUGAUAAAGAACCAGUUGUAUACAAAUGUACAAUGAAAUUAUCGCAUACUGUAGCAUAGGUUGCUCAUGCACCAGUGCUGACUCAAGGCAUUUAUUUGGUUUAUUACGGUUCCCGUAUAUUUUCUUUGUUUUGGAUUGCUCCAUGGAUAACUCGUGUAUUAUGUUCAUCCCCUUGUGACUACAAGCGAUUGAUAUUUUACUGUAUUAGAUCUGAUAGAAGUUAUUUUUAAAAUUAUCCAGUAAAUAUUAGUCGUGUCUUAAUGAUGUUGUUGUUGUAAGGUUAACUCCUGAUUUGUUAAAGGAGCCAUGCCAUGACAAAACCAACAUAGUGGGUUUGCGACCAGCAUGGAUCCAGACCAGCCUGCGCAUCUGCGCAGUCUGGUCAGGAUCCAUGCUUUUCGCUAACAGUUUCUCUACUUGCAAUAGACUUUGAAAGCGAACAGCAUGGAUCCUGACCAGACUGCGCAGAUGCGCAGGCUGGUCUGGAUCCAUGCUGGUCACAAAGCCAUUAUGUUGGUUUUCUCAUGGCGCAGCUCAAAUAUUGUUGAUCUGAGUUGUUGUUAAGUUUGUGGCUAAUCUCAUAUAUAGUUUUUUCCUAACCUGAAAAACUAAAUAAAGCAAAAUAAUGUAUUUUUUUCAGUUCAAUUUUUUUUUGGAUAUAAACUGUCUCUUCAUAUAGUUUAUGUAGACAUAAAAUCAGUAGUAAAGUUAAAUACAUUUGAUGAGGAUUUUCAGCAUGGGAAGUAAAUAUCUGAAGAUAAAAUAUUUUAAGGAAAGACGGGCAUUGAAUAUUUUCUAAAUUUUUACAUUGCAUUAGUUGAAGCUUCAGGAAAAUUGUGACACUUUAAAUCAAUAUUUACACAACAAAUUUAUCAUCUUUUGCAUAAUAGUACAUUGUAGAUAUUUUUUUUGUACUUUGUAUUUCCAUUUAUUUAUACGUUAUAUAAAACUGGUGAGUGUGAUGAGCUUAUCAUUUGCAAUGGGUUAUGUGUAAGACACCAAAUACAGUAAUUGACACUGAUCAACGCAUAAAUUUGUUAACAUGUUUAAUUCCUUGGGAGGAAUACAGUACUUCACUGCACUGUUAGUACAAAAUCACUGGAUCUUUUUAUGCAUUUUUGUGUAAAAAUGUUGAGGCUGAGAGUUUAUGGGAGAGUGUAAUUCAAAAACUGGAAAGCAUUUUAACUUUUUAAAUGGGAUUGGUCAGCAUGACAUCAGAUUGUGUAGUUUAUAGGAGAUAUAUUUGAUCAUAUGGGACCAAGAUGAAAUAUGGAACAUUCCUUUCAGUUUUAAUUCCUACUUUUUUGCCAUUUGUAUGAAGAUAUUUUAAUUUCCAGUUUUGUUAUUAAAUGAAUGCAGAAGUUUGUGUUUCUUCUGUGAAUGAUACGAAUGUUUUAGAUAUGUAGAUAUAGUGAUGAUAUACAUUUUUAGAUGAACUAGAGACAUUUUCAGCCUAUGUUCCAUAGCUUUCAUAAUGAGAAUUGUCAAUUUUCAAGCAUGUAUUAAAAGUCAUAUGAAAUGAUUUUCAAAGAGAUUACUUUCAAAUGGCCAGAUCUGUUUGUUUUUUGUUUUUUUAUUGGGAUAAUUAAUCUUGAUGGUAGUGGAUAAUUAGGUCUAGUUUUCAAUGUAAUUCAUACAUGUACCAUAGCUAUUUUUGCUCAAGAGCCCCUAUCUAGAGAUAAAACGAGAAGAUGUAUGUUGUGUAAAUUUUUCAAGAUAAAUAAUUUAUCUAUCUAGAUUUGUGUCUAAAAAGUACUUUCAUUUGUAAUGAAUUUAAUGUCUUCUUGAAAAAAAGAAUAUAUAGAAGCAUAUCAUUUAUUAUAGUCUGUAAGAUAUGUAGAAAAACUCCACUGCAUUAGUCCCACACUAAAAUGUAGAAAUUUUGCAUUUUUCCUUACAGAAUACCAUGUUCAUGAUGUUACUUAUAGAUAUUGCAGUCUACUGAUAUUGUUACAUGCCACUUUAAACCACAUAGAAAUUGUACUUUCAAAUAAUCUGUUACAUAGGUAGUUCUUUACCUGAUAUAUUUCUUGCCAAAAGUUUCCAUAGAAACAUUAAACUGUCAAAACCAUUUAUUUUAGUUGUUGAAUUCACAGUCACUGUGUCAUAACUAUGUCUUAUUACGAUGUACAAAUGAGUAGCUUCAACUUCAUUUUGAAUUUUAUUUCAUGCUCGCAUAGCGCACAUGUUAAACAUCUGUAACUGUCAUAAGUUAUUGCUUUUUAGCUCGACUAUUCGAAGAAUAGUCUAGCUAUUCUACUCACCCUGGCGUCGGCGUCGGCGUCGGCGUCACACCUUGGUUAAGUUUUUGCAUGCAAGUACAUACAGCUAUCAUUUAAAGGCAUAUAGCUUUGAAACUUAUUUAUUCUUUUUCUAGGUCAAUUACCAACCUCACUGGGUCAAGUUCCAUAACUCUAACAUGUAUUUUGAGCAAAUUAUGCCCCCUUUUGGACUUAGAAAAUUCUGGUUAAAGUUUUACAUGCAAGUUACUAUCUCCAAAACUAAUGCAGAUAUUGAAUUGAAACUUCACAUGUGUCUUCGGGGUUAUAAAACUAGUUGAUAGCACCAAGUCCCAUAACUCUGACCUUCAUUUUGGCCAAAUUAUGCCCCCUUUUGGACUUAGAAAAUUCUGGUUAAAGUUUUGCGUGCAAGUACAUACAGCUAUUACUAAAAGGCAUAUAGAUUUGAAACUUAUUUUUCUUUUUCUAGAUCAAUUACCUACCUCACUGGGUCAAGUCCCAUACUCUGGCAUGUAUUUUGGCCAAAUUAUGCCCCCUUUUGGACUUAGAAAAUUCUGGUUAAAGUUUUGCGUGCAAGUACAUACAGCUAUUACUAAAAGGCAUAUAGAUUUGAAACUUAUUUUUUCUUUUUUCUAGAUCAAUUACCUACCUCACUGGGUCAAGUCCCAUAACUCUGGCAUGUAUUUUGGCCAAAUUAUGCCCCUUUUGGACUUAGAAAAUUCUGGUUAAAGUUUUGCGUGCAAGUACAUACAGCUAUUACUAAAAGGCAUAUAGAUUUGGAACUUAUUUAUUCUUUUUCUAGAUCAAUUACCUACCUCACUGGGUCAAGUUCCAUAACUCUUAACAUGUAUUUUGAGCAAAUUAUGCCCCCUUUUGGACUUAGAAAAUUCUGGUUAAAGUUUUACAUGCAAGUUACUAUCCCCAAAACUAAUGCAGAUAUUGAAUUGAAACUUAACAUGUUUCUUCGGGGUUAUAAAACUAGUUGAUAGCAUCAAGUCCCAUAACUCUGAUAUGUCCCCUUUUGAACUUAAAACUCUUUUGAUAUUUAACAUUUUGGGUAAUAAUUUCCAGCUUCUGUGACAAUAUUUCGAAUAGUCGAGCUUGGCUGUCUUAUGGACAGCUCUUGUUAGUAUUACAUUCUUUUCUAUUAUUUACAUGUAGUUACUAUCCAAGAAUCAACUUGUUGCUGUAUUCCUUACAGAGGUCAUUUUAUUAUUUUUAUAUUGUAGAAGUAUUAAAUGUCUUCAAAACGUU